ACCACCCACUAUGCGACGCACAGCAGCAGGCCGCGCUGUUUCCCCCACAAACACCUCUUACUCGGGCAUCUCAAACUAUCGAACAGAGUCUUACCGGCCCAUCAAGGAUGCCACCCCCCUUGAUCCCAGGCUCAUAGCCCGCACUCAUUUCGAAGAGCUCUCAAGAUACCUCGCUUCAUAUCUCGCAAAGGAACCUGCAAACUCGCGCUCGACUGCGCGACAGAAGCUCACCAGACUCACCAGACAGCAGUUCCAGGAACUCUCCACGGACGUUUAUGAUGAACUCAUCCGUCGGAAGAACAACUCAGAUUCUAAUGAAAUUCCAUUCUUGCCCGUCCGAGACGACUUUCAUCCGAAACGGAACCAGGCUCGCCAGAAACUAGCCACCCUCCCGACCUCCCGCUUCAAGGAUCUGUCCUCUGAUGUCUACUACGAACUGGCCCGUCGUUAUCCCGAGUUCAAAGAGGAGAACAACCCCAUUGACCCUCCUCUACAGUCUCCAGGCUCUGCGUAUGAUGAUUACCCCUCUCCCGACUUCCCUGCUUCCCCACGAUCCAACGCAAAUGGCCCUACUCCCCCGCCCAACGCCCGCGCUGGCCGCACCUCCGAAGACCGUGAUCGCGACCGGAACAGCAACAUGUCGCGACGCAAGCCCAGUCAAGAUGAUUAUGGGUCAAGUGGGCGAAGGAGCGAAGAUCCGUAUGGCGGAGUCGAUGCAGAACUGACAUACAGCCCUUCUAGCCGGCGCCGCCCCUCUGAAGACAAUACAAUGCGUGGACCGGGACACAACCAUUCUGGUUCUCAGUCUCAGAUGCAGGACCUGGCUAGGCGACCGAGUACGUCUGCGAGCGACUCGACGAGCAAUACGAAUGCGCAGAGCGCAACGGCGAAGAGUGGGAUGAUCAUCCCUAACAAGUCUACGAUCGCCGAAGAGGAAAUCGAGGUGCCCUAUGGGAGAGAGACGAGGGAGAGUGGGAGUACGGAGCCGCGGAACAGGUCUCAUUCUCCUGAUGCGGACGAGGUAGACGAGGAGAGGGAUGGAGAUGAGAUGGGUGUGGGAUUGAGUGCGCUUUCGAGGCGGCUCGUGGCGUCAGGAACAGACGAUGAGCCGUCGAUGGGCGCAGGGGGAGAUGAAUAUUUCGAGAAGAUGUCUUUCGGGCGCGCCUCUGUCAAUUCGGAUCGGUCGUUGAGGGACCGAGGGGGCGGACGUUCGAGCGCUCUCCAGGGUGGCGAAGAGAGCGAGAGGAUUCGUAGGGAUUAUGAGUUCAAGAUCGCCACAAUGCAGACUCGGAUAGCAGGGUUGGAGAGAGAGGUUGAGGAUGCUGGCGAGCGGGAACGACUGAAGGAGGGCGAUGAACGUGUUCUAGCGUUGGAAGAUGAGUUGGAGGAGCUCCGCAGGAGGACGGAAGAGCAAAGUGCUACGAUGCUUUCGAUGCAAAAGGAGCUCGAGGAAGCACGCGAGGAUCUUCAGAGGAGCAAGGAGAGAGAGGCCCGCAGAGCAAGGGAGGACGAUGAAGAACUUGCGAUUCUUCGAGAACGAUGUGAGAGGCUUGAAGAGGAGCGUGCGAUUGGUGGUUCUGGGGCCAGCGCGGAUGUCAUCGAGCAACUGCGCUCAGAUAUGGAGGGUCUCCUCUCUGAAGUGACGGAUCUCUCGCGGCGGAACGAUGAGCUCAUGUCUUCCAAGGAUUCUGACUUCGUCGUGAUCCGAGACCUCGAUGCUCAGCUGAAGGAAUACAAGCGAAAGUACGAACAGGCCAAGACCGAGCUGCGCUCUGUGAAAGCUACAUCACAACUAUUCCUCCAAGCACCCAAGUUCGAUGACCAACUCCCCGUAUCCCAGGACGGUGCAAUCGCUGAUGUUCACAUCACUGCCUUCCUUACUGGCAUCGACAACCUCUUAUCUGCUGGUCGGUCUAAUGCCCCCACUCGUGUACUGGCGCCCAUGAAGACCGUGGUCAACGCGGUCAGCGCCAUUCUGGAGGACGUCCGAACUUACGAGCGUCGUUCGCGCCCUUCGAACUCGGAGGCUGAUGCCGAAACUAUUCAUGCAAUGCGGGAACGUGUCGAAGCAACGCUCUCCAACCUUGUCGCAGCGACCAAGACUCACGCACAGAGCUCCGGCAUGUCCCCCGUCAGUCUCUUGGACGCCGCUGCAAGUCACGUCUCCGCUUCGGUCACGGACCUCGGGAAGACCGUGUACAUGCGACGGGCCACGAAAGCUGAGCAGGAGCAAUUCGCAUACGUCGCGGCCUCGUCGUCUGGCGGUUUCGCUCCUUCUUUGCGGUCUGUUGACGAAUCGUCGUCUUCCUUUCGUGGCUCACCACACCAGCGGGGCAUGAGUGAUGCUCGGAACACACCCCCACCAGCUACGUCGGGGUCGGGGUUUGGCGGGAAUAGAGGCAGCGCCAGCGCCUCGAAGACCUCUAUGUCAGCCUCCGCGAGCCGCCCUUUUUCGAAUCGGUCGUCGGGGGAGAGGGAUAGGUUUAGGCAAGGAGCGUCUGAUUCGAGCUCUGGGAAUAGCUCUCCGCCUCCAAUCUUCGACCAGGCACCUUCACGCCAUGCGACGGGUGUGACGAGCGACGACUCUGCGAUGAACGAAGGUUCAGAGGACGCUUGGACUGAGCUCAAACCAUAUCUCGAGGCUCAGACUGAGUCUAUCGUCUACGCCAUCCAGUCCGUCCUGUCCGGUGUUCGGAGUCCAACACCUCCACCUACCUUGAAUGAGAACUUGGCGCAGAUCAUCACUAUAGUCUCGUCCAUCGUCGCGGUCUGCCAUGAUAACCUACCACCAUCGGCGACGCGGCAGGGCAACGAUAUACUGAAAGAGCUCAGCGAUCACGCGAACCAUCUGAGCGAGGUGCAGUCGAUGCCGGAGGUGACGAAGGAGUCGAGACAGAUCAUGGCAAAGUCGAGCUUUGCGAUCGCGAACGCGAUGAAGGGGUUGAUGAAGUUGUGAGGCGAGCAGGCUUGUGGCUUAUAGCGGUUACUUACCAUACAUAUUUUCGAUCAUUUCAAUUUUUCUUUAUACCACUUCGGAUUUCUAGUCUAGUGCGGGCCAUUCUAUUCUUUCAACUGUAUUUUUGCAGUAAUUUCGUUCUUACUUAGUCGGAUAUGCCAUUGCAAUUUUCAAAUCGC